CAGACCGCGGCAGAGCUCAGAGAAGACACCGGAACCAACCAAAGAGACAGCAUGGUGAAGUUUGCACCUUUGUCCGUGCCAUGGGAGCGCAGGAUGCAGACCUUUGUGGUCCUGCAGUGGGUUUUCUGCUUUCUGGCUCUGGCCCAGAUCUGCAUUGUGGUCUUCAUAGGUCUCCUGUUCACAAGAUUCUGGAUCUUCAGUAUCCUGUAUGCAACCUGGUUGUACCUGGACCGAGACAAGCCAUGGCAGGGGGGCAGGCGCAUUGAGGCCGUAAGGCGCUGGGUCAUAUGGAAGUACAUGAAGGACUAUUUCCCUGUCUCACUGGUCAAGACCGUGGAGCUGGACCCCUCCCGGAACUACCUCGCUGGCUUCCACCCCCACGGGAUCCUGGCGGCUGGAGCUUUUACCAACCUGUGCACCGAGAGCACCGGUUUUUCUUCACUGUUCCCCGGCAUCCGCCCACAUCUGAUGAUGCUGAACUUGUGGUUCUGGACCCCUUUCUUCAGGGAUUACAUCAUGUCGGGGGGGCUGGUCUCAGCAGACAAGGAGAGCGCCGCUCACAUUCUGAACAGGAAGGGAGGUGGCAGCCUUUUGGCCAUCAUUGUUGGGGGCGCCCAGGAGGCACUGAACGCCAGGCCUGGAGAUUACAGGCUGUUGCUGCGGAACCGCAAGGGCUUCAUCAGGCUCGCCCUAAUGCACGGGGCCGCUCUGGUGCCGAUCUUCUCCUUUGGGGAGAAUGACCUAUUUGACCAGGUUGACAACUCUCCUGGCUCCUGGUUGCGCCGGACCCAGAACCGACUGCAGAAGAUCAUGAGAGUCUCCCUCCCGCUCUUCCACGGCCGUGGUGUCUUCCAGUACAGCUUUGGUCUGAUGCCCUACCGCCAGCCCAUCACCACCGUGGUGGGGACGCCCAUCGAGGUGCAGAAGACACCGCGUCCCUCACAGGAAGAGGUGGACAGGCUGCACCAGCGCUACAUGAAGGAGCUAAGCAACCUCUUCGAAGCCCACAAGCUCAAGUACAACGUCCCCAGUGACCAACACUUGGAAUUCUGCUAGUGCCUCCCCAGAGGAGGGGCUGCCCCAAAAGGCAGGGCUGGCAUUAGGGAGAAUAGAGGGAGGGGCUGUGAUCCCAGAAGGCUUCGCGGAGGUGUCCGUUGAGCACAUCUCCAAAGCCUUCGAUGACUCCUGUGUUUCUAACCCAUGCCAGGCCCCGAGUCACAACUGGCAGCAUGGCAGAGGAGGCCAGACUCUGGCAUCGGUGAUUUGCACUCCUGCUGUGACCCCUCUGCAAGGAGCCCUCUCCUUGGUCUGCCCGCCUGAGAAAUGGGAGAGAUGCUGGGAGGGAAUAAUGUCCGGGUUCUCUGUCCUCUGUGGUCCUGUCACUCAGUGGGCAGGAAAUAUUACCAGGUUUUUCUUCCUCUGCCUUGAGUGACAGCUGCAAGAAGCCACCAGCUGCAGCCCUUUCUCCUACAAUUUCCCUCAUCCUGCAUCCUGCCUGUCCCAGCUCCUCCCUCCCUGAGCUGGAGAGGAGGGCAAGGCCACAAAGCCCCUGCACUCACCCUGGGCACCUUUGAGUGUCUGAGUCCAGAGGUAGGGAAGGAGAAUUGCACUCUGUCAUCGGCUGAAUGACCGGGAGCGGACUUCUUCGCCAUCCUUCUGAGUCUCAGUUUCCCCAAGUGACUAGGAUGACCUCUGAGUCUCAGCUCUGACGUCACAUGGGCUGAGAGCUCCAUGAGGCAACUCCUACUCCAUCCUUUGCAAUUUCAGCCCUGACCUUGGUAUAAAAAAUGGGCUCCAUAAAUGUCAA